AUGAGCAGUAGGGGCUGCGGCUGGGGCCGGGGACAGUGUGACACUCGGCCCGCUGCCGUCAGCCAGAGAGAGCUAGCAGAGUGGAAAUGCCGGCACCCCUGCAGCCCCCCAGAGCUUGGGCUCCAGAAGAGAGGAUGCUGUCUGGUGCUGGGCUACAUGGCCAAGGACAAGUUUCGGAGAAUGAAUGAAGGUCAAGUGUACUCCUUCAGCCAGCAGCCCCAGGAUCAGGCUGUGGUAUCGGGGCAGCCGGUGACACUGCUGUGCGCCAUCCCUGAAUACGAUGGCUUCGUUCUGUGGAUCAAAGACGGCUUGGCUCUGGGCGUGGGCAGGGACCUCUCAAGUUACCCACAGUACCUGGUGGUAGGGAACCACCUGUCAGGGGAACAUCACCUGAAGAUCCUGCGGGCAGAGCUGCAAGACGAUGCUGUGUACGAGUGCCAGGCCAUCCAGGCCGCCAUCCGGUCCCGCCCCGCACGCCUCACCGUCCUAGUGCCACCUGACGACCCCGUCAUCCUGGGGGGGCCUGUCAUCAGCCUGCGGGCCGGGGACCCCCUCAACCUCACCUGCCAUGCAGACAACGCCAAGCCUGCAGCCUCCAUCAUCUGGCUGAGGAAGGGAGAGGUGAUCAAUGGAGCCACCUACUCCAAGACCCUGCUUCGCGACGGCAAGCGUGAGAGCAUUGUGAGUACCCUCUUCAUCUCCCCCGGCGACGUGGAGAACGGCCAGAGCAUCGUGUGCCGAGCCACCAACAAAGCCAUCCCCGGAGGAAAGGAGACCUCGGUCACCAUCGACAUCCAGCACCCCCCGCUUGUCAACCUGUCGGUGGAGCCACAGCCAGUGCUGGAGGACAACGUGGUCACGUUUCACUGCUCUGCAAAGGCCAACCCCGCCGUCACCCAGUACAGGUGGGCCAAGCGGGGCCAGAUCAUCAAGGAAGCCUCCGGGGAGGUGUACCGGACCACCGUGGACUACACGUACUUCUCCGAGCCCAUCUCCUGCGAGGCGACCAAUGCCCUAGGCAGCACCAACAUCAGCCGCAAUGUCGACGUCUAUUUCGGGCCCAGAAUGACCACGGAACCCCAGUCCCUGCUCGUGGAUCUGGGCUCCGACGCCGUCUUCAGCUGCGCCUGGACAGGCAACCCGUCCCUGACCAUCGUCUGGAUGAAGCGGGGCUCUGGUGUGGUCCUGAGCAAUGAGAAGACCCUGACCCUCAAAACCGUCCGCCAGGAGGACGCGGGGAAGUACGUGUGCCGAGCUGUGGUGCCCCGGGUAGGGGCCGGGGAGCGAGAGGUGACCCUAACUGUCAAUGGACCCCCCAUCAUCUCCAGCACCCAGACCCAGCACGCCCUCCACGGGGAGAAGGGCCAAAUCAAGUGCUUCAUCCGGAGCACGCCGCCACCCGACCGCAUCGCGUGGUCCUGGAAGGAGAACGUGCUGGAGUCGGGGACAUCGGGCCGCUACACGGUGGAGACGGUCAGCACCGAGGAGGGCGUCAUCUCCACGCUGACCAUCAGCAGCAUCGUGCGGGCCGACUUCCAGACCAUCUACAACUGCACCGCCUGGAACAGCUUCGGCUCCGACACGGAGAUCAUCCGGCUCAAGGAGCAAGGUUCGGAAAUGAAGUCGGGAGCCGGGCUGGAAGCAGAGGCUGUGCCGAUGGCCGUCAUCAUCGGGGUGGCCGUAGGAGCUGGCGUGGCCUUCCUCGUCCUUCUGGCAACCAUUGUGGCCUUCUGCUGUGCCCGCUCCCAGAGAAAUCUCAAAGGUGUCGUGUCAGCCAGGAAUGACAUCCGGGUGGAGAUUGUCCACAAGGAGCCUGCCUCUGGCCGGGAGGCUGAGGAACAGCCCACCAUCAAGCAGCUGAUGAUGGACCGGGGUGAAUUCCAGCAAGACUCAGUCCUGAAGCAGCUGGAGGUGCUCAAAGAAGAGGAGAAGGAGUUUCAGAACCUGAAGGACCCAACCAAUGGCUACUACAGCGUCAACACCUUCAAGGAGCACCACUCGACCCCCGCCAUCUCGCUGUCCGGCUGCCAGCCGGACCUGCGCCCCGCGGGCAAGCAGCGAGUGCCCACGGGCAUGUCCUUCACCAACAUCUACAGCACGCUGAGCGGCCAGGGCCGCCUCUACGACUACGGGCAGAGGUUCGUGCUGGGCACGGGCAGCUCAUCCAUCGAGCUCUGUGAGCGGGAGUUCCAGCGGGGCUCGCUCAGCGACAGCAGCUCCUUCCUGGACACGCAGUGUGACAGCAGCGUCAGCAGCAGCGGCAAGCAGGACGGCUACGUGCAGUUCGAUAAGGCGAGCAAGGCCUCGGCCUCCUCCUCCCACCAUUCCCAGUCCUCUUCCCAGAACUCCGACCCCAGCCGGCCCCUGCAGCGGCGGAUGCAGACUCACGUCUGAGGAUCCCGGGCCGAGGGCGGGGCCUCGGCCUGGCUCUGCAGAGACUUUGCAGAGGACCCCGGAAGCAGCCGCCUCCACCACCCUCCUGGCAGCCCCGAUCAAGCACAAAUGCGGGCCCAGCUGCAGGGCAUCGGGGCGUGGAGGUGGGGACGUGGUCAGAGGAUGCCGCUGAGCGCAGUGUGCUCCGUGCUGGCCGCCCUCGGCCCCCGGCCCUUUCCUGGCGGCCCCUCCUCUACCUGCCCCUCCCACAGGCUCCAGAGGCAGCUAUAACUCUGCUUUCAUGAAACUACCGUCCACGCUCCGGGCUUCGGAGGAGCUCUGCCCCUUGCCGCCCGCAAGCCCUCCCCUCACUCCCACCGUGCCUGUGCUCCUGUACAGCCCCGGGGAGCAGGGCGUCAAGUGCUUGCCGGCACGGAGCUGCCCCAGAGACCUCAGCGCCCCCUGCCCCUCCUGGUCCAGACUCCAGAGGCUGAGAAGCCAGAACGGCCCUAGCUGACACACUGGCCCGGAGCCCACCCCCAGUUUGUUCGGUGUUUUGUGUCCAUACUCUUACAGUUCUGUCCUUGGACUGGAUGCCUCUCAACUCUGAGGUGGGACUGGCCCAAUCAGAGACUGGUGUCUGGGAGGGAGGGGGAGGGAAGGAGGGGGGAACGUGACACUCGGGGACCCCUCGCCAGGCUGUGCGACUCAGAGCCUCCCCACGCGCCCCUACUUCGUGUACUCCCCUCCUCCCCUCUGCACAUUCGGAGUCAAUAUAAGGAGUGUGAGCUUCUCUGGUCAGGGUUCUUUAAACAGCCGUUGGAGAGACUGUGUCCCAGGAUCUGUGGGGUUUGAGGGGACUAGGGGGCAGGCCUUUAAGGUGAUGAGACUCACCUUCUCAGCUGAGCCUAGAUUCACACAAGGAACCAUGGUCCUGUCCUCAGUAAGGCUCCUGGGGCAAGAGAGAAAGCAUAUCUGCACCUCACUCCUGCCUGCCACCUGAGAAUAAAGGUG